CAGUAUGACAUGCAGAUGAGUGCCGUCGAUUUAGAAUCAGCACCGCACCACUUCACUCAUUUGGCCAGUCACGGGGCCAAAACCAGUGUGGAGCCACAGUGUGGCGGUGGAAGGCAGCAGCAAUGGGAAGCCAUACAGCACCCUAUGACAAAAAUGGAAACCACCAGCAGUGUGAGGAGACCUGAAAAGUGCACAUGGGCAGAGUGUGUGGCGAUAGAGACAGCAGCAAUGGGAGGCCGUACAGGGACCAUGACAAACACUUCUGGACCUGGCAGCAGCAUGAGGAGGCCGGUACUACAGGGGCCCAUGGCAGAUACGGGCCUGGCAGCAGCAUGUGGGAGUCGGUAACGGGGGCCCAGCACCCUAUGACAAAAUGGAACCCACCAGCAGUGUGAGGAGACCUGAAAGUGGCACAU